UUCAAGCAGAUCACUUCAGAGGGCGAUGACUGACACAGAGCAGGAGAAAUCCAGCAGGAUGAGCCUCGACCAAAGAGAAACACUUUGUGGAAAAGUUUCAAGACAACUCCAGCGCUUCAAAUGGAGAGAUAUUUUCACAUGGCAGCUUCUGAAAACACUGUUGAUGGGUCAGGGUCUGUCAGCGCUGAUCUGUGGCACUGCAGUGACCUCUCAGUUUCUGGCCUCGGUCUACCACCUGGAUUUACCGAUGCUACAGAGUUUCAUCAACUACACCCUUCUGUUCCUCUCCUACACUACAGCACUGCUUUUCAGAACAGGUGAUGGAAAUAUUUUGCAGAUAUUAAAGAAAAAAUGGUGGAAGUACAUCUUGCUGGGUCUGGCAGAUGUGGAGGCAAAUUACGCUGUUGUGAAAGCGUACCAGUACACCACGUUAACCAGUGUGCAGCUCUUGGACUGCUUUAUCAUCCCAGUGCUCAUGAUCCUGUCCUGGUUCUUCCUGAAGGCGCGCUACAGAAUAAUUCACUAUGUGGCUGUAUGUGUGUGUUUGGCUGGUGUGGGAGCCAUGGUUGGAGCUGAUCUCCUCGCAGGCCGGGACCAAGGGUCAACCGGUAACAUCCUGCUGGGAGACGGCCUGGUUAUCCUCAGUGCCACUCUGUAUGCUGUGUCCAACGUGUGUCAGGAGUACACGGUGAAGAACCAAAGCAGGGUGGAGUUUCUGGGCAUGCUGGGCCUGUUUGGGACACUGAUCAGUGGCAUACAGCUUGCUGUUUUAGAGCAUGUGCAGCUGGCAAGUAUUCAGUGGACAUGGCAAAUCGCUGUAGUACUGAGUGGGUUUACUCUGUGCAUGUACACACUCUACAGCUGCAUGCCCAUGGUGAUGAAGCUGACCAGCGCUACAGCUGUAAACCUCUCUCUGCUCACUGCUGACCUGUUCAGUCUGUUCUGUGGCCUGUUCCUUUUCCAGUACUCAUUCUCAGGACUCUACAUUGUGUCGUUAGUGGUGAUCACCGUGGGCUUCAUCAUGUUCAAUGCCGUCCCUACACCAAACUCAAGUCCUGAAUCAGUGAGUGGAGAGGGAGGGUAUGACAACCAGGCUGCAGAUUUUGAUGAGGAGGGACGAAUGGGCUCUGCAGUUGAGGUUACCAGUGAGCAUCAAGAGAAAGAGAAAGAGACUGAUUCCAGAGGAAGAAAACACCCAUCAGAAAACAGAGAAUGUGUUGUUAUAAGCAGUGCUGAGCUGUAGAUCACAAAUGUCAAAGAUUUAAACUGUGGAUUAAACAACAUUCACAGUGGAUAUGUUUACUGAUUAUGACAUCACCACCAUCAGUAAAAACUGACCAAUAUCUGAAUAUUCACACUAGAAUAUUCUAGAAUACUAGAACACUAGAUGUGUUGAAGUAACAACUUUGAUGCUGGCAUCUUGUAAAUGUUUAAAAGCGUUGGGUAACACUUGCUACAUCACACUGAUAUAACCACGCCAUGAACAUGUAAUGGCAGAUGUUACACGCUGUCAUGAGUUGUCAUGUUCAGUAAUAUAAAAGGGUCAUAUUACUGGCAUCGGCUAUUGAGAGUUUUGAGAGACAACAUAAGGUUGAGAGAUUUUGAGAGAACUUGACAGAUGUUAUAAUGUUUGGUGUCUUAAUGGCUAAAUAUAGCCCACUUAGCAAAAGCUCGCAUGUGACAUAAGCUUUCAUGAUGAAAUGUAUGCAAUUGUCAUGACUGUUAAUGGUGAUUGUGUUAUGAUGCUGUUGUUUUACUGGAUGGAUUGAUUAUGUCAAUAUCAUGUAGUAUGGUUCAAGUAAAAUAUUACUCUGUGUUGUCAUCCUUAAAA